AUGUCCCUUCAAAACAAAGUUGUCCUCAUCACUGGUGGCUCCAAGGGCAUCGGCGCAGCCAUCGCCCGGCGAGUAGCCAAUGACGGUGCCUUAGUGGUCAUCAACUACUCCCGCGACGGCAGUGCCGCCGACGCUCUGGUCGAGGAAAUCGGCGCCGAUCGUGCCUUGGCCAUUCUGGCAGACGUUUCCAACGUGUCCGAAAUUGAGAAGCUAGUCGAAGCUACCGUUUCUAAAUUUGGUCGCAUUGACGUCCUGAUCCCAAACGCGGGCAUCAUGCCGCUGCAACCGCUCGCCGCCAUCACCGAGGAUCUGUACGAGAAGACUUUCUCUCUCAACUACAAAGGGCCUCUAUUCCUGGCCCAGAAGGCGAUUCCUUACAUUCCCGACGGUGGCCGAAUCAUCUUCAACUCGACGGGUAUCUGCAGCAACAGCGCCUUGCCCGCCGUUUACGGGCUCUACGCAUCAUCCAAGGGCGCCGUCGAGCACUUGACUCGUGCACUGUCGAAGGAGUUGGGGCCGAAGGGUAUCACUGUGAAUUGUGUAGCUCCUGGACCUACGCAGACAGAGCUCUUUAUGAAGGGAAAGCCAGAGGCAAUGAUCAAGGGGAUUUCGGCUCAGAGCCCGUUCAACCGGCUGGCAGAUCCCUCCGAAAUAGCCAGCUUGUACGCUUUUGUAGCAGGCCCAGAUGCUUCGUGGGUUAGUGGGCAGGUCAUCGGCGCCAACGGCGCUUCUUUUGUAUGA